AUGGGAUCUGAACGGUCGUGUGUUUUGUCUGUGUUCCAGACCAUCCUUAAGCUCGUCAUCUUCGUGGCGAUCUUUGGGGCUGCUAUAUCGUCACGUUUGUUCGCCGUCAUCAAAUUUGAGUCUAUUAUCCACGAGUUUGACCCCUGGUUCAAUUACAGGGCUACCAAAUACCUUGUCAAUAACUCGUUUUACAAGUUUCUAAACUGGUUUGACGAUCGUACCUGGUACCCCCUCGGAAGGGUUACUGGGGGUACUUUAUAUCCCGGAUUGAUGACCACCAGUGCGUUUAUCUGGCACGCUCUGCGCAAUUGGCUGGGCUUGCCCAUCGACAUCAGGAACAUUUGCGUCCUGUUUGCACCGCUGUUUUCUGGAGUCACCGCCUGGGCCACCUACGAGUUUACGAAGGAGAUAAAGGAUGCCAGCGCUGGGCUUCUGGCUGCAGGCUUCAUCGCCAUUGUCCCCGGUUACAUAUCUAGAUCCGUGGCUGGGUCCUACGAUAACGAGGCCAUUGCCAUUACUUUGUUGAUGGUCACCUUCAUGUUCUGGAUCAAGGCCCAAAAGACCGGCUCCAUCAUGCAUGCCACAUGCGCCGCAUUGUUCUACUUCUAUAUGGUCUCUGCUUGGGGUGGCUACGUGUUCAUCACCAACUUGAUCCCACUCCACGUCUUUUUGCUGAUUUUGAUGGGCAGAUACUCGUCCAAGCUGUAUUCCGCUUAUACCACAUGGUACGCCAUCGGGACCGUUGCAUCCAUGCAGAUCCCGUUUGUCGGUUUCUUGCCCAUCAGAUCCAACGACCACAUGGCCGCGUUGGGUGUUUUUGGCUUGGUGCAGAUUGUCGCCUUCGGUGACUUCAUCAAGGGCCAAAUCAGCACAGCCAAGUUUAAAGUUAUCAUGAUGGUUUCCUUGUUUUUGAUCCUGUUGGUUGGUGUGGUCGGACUUUCCGCUUUGACCUACAUGGGGUUGAUUGCCCCCUGGACCGGUAGAUUCUAUUCGUUAUGGGAUACCAACUAUGCCAAGAUCCAUAUCCCCAUCAUUGCCUCCGUCUCUGAACAUCAACCGGUCUCAUGGCCCGCUUUCUUCUUUGACACUCACUUUUUGAUCUGGUUAUUCCCCGCGGGCGUAUUCUUGCUGUUCCUCGACUUGAAAGACGAACACGUCUUCGUUAUCGCUUACUCCGUCCUGUGUUCAUACUUUGCGGGUGUCAUGGUUAGACUAAUGUUGACCUUGACUCCAGUUAUCUGUGUGUCCGCUGCCGUAGCAUUGUCCAAAAUCUUUGACAUCUAUUUGGAUUUCAAGACCAGCGAUCGUAAGUACGUCGUUAAACCAACUGCUCUAUUGGCGAAACUGAUUGUUUCCGGAUCAUUCAUUUUUUACUUGUACCUAUUCGUUUUCCAUUCCACUUGGGUAACAAAAACUGCAUACUCCUCUCCUUCUGUUGUUUUGCCCUCGCAAACUCCAGAUGGUAAACUGGCCUUGAUCGACGAUUUCAGAGAAGCUUACUACUGGCUAAGAAUGAACUCAGAAGAGGACAGCAAAGUCGCAGCAUGGUGGGAUUACGGUUACCAAAUUGGUGGUAUGGCAGACAGGACGACUUUAGUCGAUAACAACACAUGGAACAAUACACAUAUUGCCAUUGUCGGUAAGGCGAUGGCCUCCCCCGAGGAAAAAUCUUACGAAAUUCUCAAGGAACAUGACGUUGAUUACGUCUUGGUCAUCUUUGGUGGUCUAAUUGGGUUUGGUGGUGACGAUAUCAACAAGUUUCUGUGGAUGAUCAGGAUUAGCGAAGGGAUCUGGCCCGAAGAGAUCAAAGAGCGUGACUUCUACACCCCAGAAGGAGAAUAUAGAGUGGACGCAAGGGCCUCAAAGACCAUGAGAAACUCGCUACUGUACAAGAUGUCCUACAAGGAUUUCCCACAAAUGUUCAAUGAUGGUCAGGGUACCGACAGAGUGCGCCAACAGUUGAUUACCCCACAAGAUGUUCCACCACUAGACUACUUCGAUGAAGUGUUCACAUCCGAAAACUGGAUGGUCAGAAUAUACCAACUGAAAAAGGAUGACGUCCAAGGUAGGUCUUUAAAAGACGUUGGUGAUUCAACCAGAUCCUCCACAAAGGCAAGAAGGUCCGUAAAGAGACCUGAAUUGGGUCUAAGAGUAUAA